UGUCUGAUAUGGUACGUGUUGUUAGAAAGCUUAUCUCUUUCUUAUAAUUUUUUUCUUGGCGAAUCUAAUCAUCAAAUCAAAAAUCAAACUGCAGGAUUUCUGGGUAUCACAGUUACAAUGUUUUCAGUAUCAUUGCACAGUGAUGUAUCCUCGAUUUUCGACUUCUAGCUAUUACUAAAUCCUGAUUUCCACUCUGCUCUACUCUCCUCUUUCAGUUCACCUCAAUCCAUCACUCAUCUUUUUCUCCUUGUUUUCUUCUUUUUUUCCCCUGGGCAAUCAAUAUUCCAGCAACUUCCCUCCCCUCUCUGACUCUUUCUCUUCUCCUUCCUCCUCCCACUCUCCUCCAUUCUCCCUGCCUCUGCCACCUUCCUCCCUUCCCUCCCUCAUCUUUCUCUCCUCUCUCAGUUCAGUUCAGUAAGGUGUGCCGUCAAGUCCAGUAGAGUUCGUGCUUGUUUUUUUUUUACUCUCAAGAUGUCCUGGAAUCAAGUCUUAGUGGUCUCUUUAGUGACCACCCUCCUCAUCCUGACCUUUUCCAGUGUGGUGGAAAGUGCGGCAGUGCGGGACAGCUCAAAGGAAGACGAUCCUAAAGGGGCACCACGGCAGGUGUUCAUGCCCGAGUCAGAUGCCACCAACUUUUUCAAACGCCGUAGUCGGCGCUCAACCCGAUACUAUGAGCUCCAAGCCGAGCAGAGGGUAAAGAUUGCUGCAAACGAACGAUGGAGGGAAUACAAUGAGGAGCAGGUGGAUGAGCACCACACCUACACCAGGGAGCUGCAUGAAGAGCAAACUGAGAGAUCAAGAGAGACGCACGAGCAGUAUCGAGAGUAUCAGUACGACGGCCUCUAUCCUCGCUACUACUGGUUCCACUGAGCACACUGUGUCGCAUGGAGGGCCGGGCUACAGCACCUCUCGUUGAUGCAGUGCUAAUACUGCCAUCACCUGUAGCUACCAAAGGCAGCCAUGUUUAUAUUUCUACUUUAAAGCUACAAGAAAAAGGUUUUCUAUGCUUUUUAUUUUUUAUGAAAACCUAAAUUGUGCAAUAUGUUUCCACAUCAAACUGUAUAAUGUAUUACAAGUGCAGUUUUUGUAUUGUAAGCUAAACUUCUACUACUAUCAUAUUUAAUGGAGGCUAUAUGUUUUGCAUGCUUCUUUACUGCCUCUACUACAUGUACAUAUAAGCUACACAGAGUGUCCUUUAUAUCAGCCUGUGGUAUUAGCAGCAAUAUAUCAACUCAGUACAUUAACAGCUGACUUUGAUUAUCGCUUUAUUUUUGCAAAGAACCUGACUUUAUGUCUUUAAGUCAAAAUGACAAAUAAAGAUGAGUUUCCUGA